AACGGCAAUGAACAGGCUCACUGCAAUGUCAACCGUGAUGGCGUGAACUUGACACUUCUAGGUGGCAUCAUGAGAGGACGAGCUUUUAAUGACUGAACCAUACAGGGCAUCGAUUUUCACGCGUCAUUGGACAUUGGCACUCGUGAUCGUGAUUCCACUCAUAGUACCUACUGCCGUGCAUCAGUAUCACUCGUCAAGGUAUGCAUUUUAUUCACGCCAUUCAAUUUUUAACAUGGAUUUAGCCCUAUCGAUGCCCCGCCAUGUCACUCAAAAUUCAGAGGCACAACCUGCAGGCAACAGAUAUCAGCACUGCGAUUCUCAACAUUAUGCCACGCAUCGUGAUGCACUGCAGCAACCUGCGCCCCAAAUAACCAUACCAUUCACGCCAGUGCCAUCCUACACACUUGUUAAUUCGACCAGAUAUCAGAGGAGUGCGUGGUUACAUGCUCUUUAUUACUCAUCUUUUUGCUUGUCCAGAGUAUCCCCUUCUUCUAGUAUAACUCCUCCAUUUUAUCGCGUAUACAUUUCACCACAUCAAACUCUGUAAUUUUCUCUGCCCUCGUGGUCGUCCGUCACGAGCAGGCUUCGCGGUUGUGCAAUAUGUGCCCUUCAUAAGGCUAUCCGCCAUAUUAUUGUAUUCCUUAAU